AUGGUGCUUGCUGCUUAUCAAGUUUGGUUGAUUAAUCACAGGUAUAGGCAGUAUGGCUUGUGGGAAAGGUAUGCAGAGUUAUAUCCAAAUGAAGAUUUGAUUUAUACUGUUGGUGUUAGUGACUACACAAAAGAUUGGUUAUAUGCACAGGUUACAAGAAAGAAAAAUGAAGAUAUUUAUGAAGGAACUACAUGGCAAAUAAAGUUUAACCUAGAUGACGUGGAAAAAGAUGAAAUAUAUAAAUUGCGAUUGGCUCUUGCAAGUGCAAAUGUCUCUGAAUUACAGGUUCGAGUGAACAGUGUUAAACAAGAUCCUCCAAUAUUUAGUACUGGAGUUAUUGGAAAAGAUUAUGCAAUAGGGAGACAUGGCAUUCAUGGACUUUAUUGGCUAUUCAACAUUGAUGUACCAAGUCUUUUGCUAUUCAAUGGAGAUAAUACUAUUUUUCUAACACAAACUAUGGCUUUUGGUCCUUUGGCACGCUUUCAGGGAAUAAUGUAUGACUAUAUUCGUUUAGAAGGUCCUGAUUCUUGUUCUUCAUAUUAAAAGA